AUGUUUGCAUCACGAAGGAAACAAACCAUAAGUGGUAAGAAGAUUAUAAAGGAUGGGAAACGGAUUAAACCACACAAGGCAAGAAGGAUUAUAAGGCGAUUCCAUUUUUUAAUUGAAAGAAGGAAGAGUUUAUGUAAAUUGUUUAAUGUCGAAAUGUUUGACAAUGAUGAAAUGAGAAAUUACAAAAAUGUUAUGAGUUUUCUGAGCGGUUCUUUUAGUUCUAGGAAUAAUCGGACUGUGAUGAUGAUAUCUGAUAAAAAGCAAUGUUAUGAUGAGGGUUGGAAUCAUGAUCGUAUAGAUGAGAAAAUUGAGCGAGAAUUAUUACGACUUAAUAAACAGACCGGAAAGAAUGAUAUUUAUGCUAAUGAGUCCUUAUUAAGGAAACACCUGAUAUAUUUAGGUUACGUCAUGAGGGAAAUUGAACGCGAAGGCGGUUUGCAAAACUAUCAACUUGCAAGUCAAGUAGGUCAAGAUAAAGAUCGUGGUGGAGAUUCAUCGAAGUUAUUGAUCAAAUGGAUAAAAGAAUUAGUUGAAGGAGAUGUUUCAAUGAGUGCGUUAGAGAUUGGGUCUCUUAGUGUUCACAAUAAGAUUUCGACCAGUGGUCUUUUCAAUCCUGUUGUUAGAAUAGAUUUAAAUAAUCUUAAUGAUAGUAACGGAAUCAUACAACAAGAUUUCAUGAAGCGACCAUUACCUACUGGGGAUGGGAAUAAAGAUAAAUUCAACUUAAUAUCGUGUUCACUUGUCUUAAAUUUUGUUCCUACUCCAAUAGAAAGAGGCGAAAUGUGUGAGCGAUUCAUUAAAUUUUUAAAACCAAACGGAUACCUGUUCAUUGUACUGCCUUUGCCUUGCAUUAAUAAUUCAAGAUAUAUGAACCGUGCUCACUUCAUUGAUUUACUGACUUUUCUUGGAUACAAAGAAGUGAGAUACCAUGAAGCAAAUAAAGUAUGUUAUUUCCUCUUACAACUAGAAGGUACGGACAAUGGUAAACACCCUAAAAAUGAUAGAAAAGAUAGGUUACAGUUUAUCAAAAAACGAAAAGUACAAGACGGUAAUAAGAUGAAUAAUUUCUCUAUAUUACUUCCAUAG